AUGCUUCCCACCCACUCUGCAGUGUUGGAGGAUGAGAAGCUGUGGAGGGCUGCAUGUGUGCCGGUAAUGCUGAGUAACGGCUGGGAGCUACCUUUCUCCGAGAUCAUUGACUGGAACACAGCCGCAGUCAUUGGCGACGAGAGGCUCCUGCUGCAGAUUCCGACCACCGUGCGCUCCAUCCACCAGGAUAAGAUCUUGUCCCUCAGACAGCAAACUCAGUUUCUCUGGGAGGCGUACUUCUCCUCUGUGGAAAAGAUAGUGCUGACCACACUAGAGAUCAUCCAGGACCGUGUGUUGGAGCACGGCUCCAGGAGCAGCCUUAUGUGGAACAGUCACCCCGGGGGACUCUUCACCCUGCCGCAGUACUCUGGAUACCUGGGAGACUUCCCUUUCUACUACGCCACACUGGGUAUUAAACCGUACCCCAAGUUCACAGCGGUCAUCCAUGCCGUCUCCCCCCUGGUGUCCCAGUCGCAGCCCAUACUCAAGCUCCUGGUAGCUGUGGCCAAGUCCCAGUACUGUGCACAGAUCAUUGUCCUGUGGAACUGUGACAAGCCUCUCCCUGCGAAGCACCGCUGGCCAGCCACCUCAGUGCCCGUCAUCGUCAUUGAGGGAGAGAAUAAGGUGAUGAGCAGUCGUUUCUUGCCCUACGACACCAUAGUGACCGAUGCUGUCCUCAGCCUGGAUGAAGACACAGUGUUGUCCACCACAGAGGUGGACUUUGCCUUCACUGUCUGGCAGAGCUUUCCAGAGCGAAUCGUAGGUUACCCCGCUCGCAGCCACUUCUGGGACAGCAACAAGGAGCGUUGGGGCUACACAUCUAAAUGGACCAACGAUUAUUCGAUGGUGCUGACUGGGGCCGCCAUCUACCACAGGUAUUACCACUACCUGUACACGAACUACUUACCCACAAGUCUGAAGAGCAUGGUGGACCAGCUAGCCAACUGUGAGGACAUCCUGAUGAACAUCCUGGUCUCUGCUGUCACCAAGCUGCCACCCAUCAAGGUCACGCAGAAGAAACAAUACAAGGAGACCAUGAUGGGACAGUCUUCGAGGGCUUCUCGCUGGGCCGAUCCAGACCACUUUGCCCAGCGGCAAACUUGCAUGAACAAGUUCGCCAGCUGGUUUGGCGCCAUGCCGCUGGUCCACUCGCAGAUGAGACUGGAUCCUGUCUUGUUCAAGGACCAGGUCUCCAUUCUCCGCAAGAAAUACAGGGACAUCGAGAGGCUCUGACAGGACAAGCGCCCCCUUGGGGGAGACCCCACGCAGGGGGAGGUGCGAGAGCGAGACUCUGUGGAGAGUAGGAGGAGUAGUAAGACUACAGCAGGAUGGACAGGGAGCGACACAGCUCUGUCUUCCACUCAGCACAUUGCCAAUGACCACAGCGCCGCUGCUGCCAGGACUUGAUGCGGGAAGGGAUGAAUAGGAAACAAGCAGAUGGCGUUUGGAUAUGAAAUACACAAACAAAAACCGCAAACACAGACAGAUAAAGAGGAGUACACAAACUGAUGGACAUGCCAAACAGUACUGUAUGUUUUGCAAAUGUGCAAACACGCAGCACACACUACUGACGACGAGAACUCUUGGAUAGAAUAUUUUUUUGUACGACAUGAACAAGGACGACAUUGACUUUCCUGCUCUCUCGGCACAUGUGCAGGAUGGUAGAAGAUGGAAGGUGGCCAACAUCGCAAACCUGGCAACCCCGCCCACCAUAAAUCCUAGCGGUCGCCCCUAGCAACCCUCCCCAGUCUGCAUCAGGACUUAAUACUGGACUCUAAUACCCUCUGCUUUAUAGCCCAGGAAACCCUGUUAUCUAGUUGAUUUGAUUUCUGUACAAAUCAGCACUCUGGUAACAAUGUUGACCCUUUGUCCUCUCUGAGAGGUUUGAAAUCAGAGCGUCAUCAGUUUAAUAUUUCCAUUCUCAAAGGCAGAAAUGGUAAACAGCGGAAUCCAACCUGUCAUUACUGUGGCCUGAUAGCAAAGCAGCCAUUAUUUCUAAGAUUCUAAGCUAUCGACACACAUCCCUGAGCCUGGAGUCUGAAAACAUCCUGUCUGUCCUAUCCUUGGCUCAUUCCUUGAUGUGCUGAUAUGGCUUUUAUAAUGGUCUAUCUGCUUCCCUGUUAUCACUAAGAUAAGCUAGAAAAACAUCUCGUUUCAUAUCCCAUUUUCCUCUCAUACUCGGCAUGGCAGUUGUACUUUUCUCAUCUUUUUUCUCACUUACUUUCAUCAUCUUAUUUCCCUCCUCAAACUCUCUGUACUUUCACUCUUCUGUGUGCGUGAGUGUGUGUGUGCGUGUUGUUGUGUACAGAGCCUUGAAAAGUUGGCUCAUCCAACCAUAAGCUCAAGCGGAGUACAUUUUUCCUCCGUUGGAAUGAGCGAAAUGAACAUUUCUGGAUGAAAUGGAGCAGAACGUUGCAUUCUAACCCAAACUCGUUUCACCCAUUUAUUUCUUCCUGCAAUGGAAAAAAAUUUCAGACCAUUGCAGGUCUUUAGUGACCAGUGUCAUUUCACAGGAGUGCUUGUAGAGAGAUUUUUAACGCUGAGCACUUCAGUGCCAUUCUGACAUCAGGGUCUGCCUUUAAAAUUGUCUAUUGCACGUCACGUUGCCUACAUCAUUUUGAGAUGCCUAGAUGCUCUUGUGUUCUAGUCAUCAGUCCAAUGUGGCUAUCCGGCCGCCAUGAUUUUUUUUUCCCCGUGACAUAUCAGAGGACCUCAGAGCCAUUAAAUUGACGAAAGGUUUUCUCCUCCAUUUGUCAGGCUGAGAUACGUUUUUGCUGCAAUUAGGUAAUCCUUUUUCAUUUGGAGUGCUGUUUUAUUCCCAGGGGACAAGCUGCUGAUAAAACACUAACAUUAUGGACCAUUGUGUUGUGAAAACAGUGACCCCCACACAUGACCUGCCGGCUAUUGUUAGCCUUGGAAGGACAGCUUUUUAUCCCCCCCCCCACCUCCCCUGUGUUACCCUGACUGUGGCUAUUACUCACAUCGCUGUCGUAUCCACAUCAAACUGCCUGACAUUUUGCACCUUAAAUGACUUUAUUGCCAUUGAACAACCAGAUCAAAAUGCUAAAAUAACUAGCUAUCUCGAGUUUUAAUCAAUCAUUUUGGAGAGAAAAUGUUGUGUAGCAAAGCUGCUACGCGCUGUCAUUAGGUCUGCAUGCAGCAUGCGGCCGAGAACACAGGCAGCCCACUCUCACAUUCAGUUCGCAGACACUUGAAUGAAAGCAGCGUGCUUUUAGUGGCCUUUCUGUCGGGCAGGCAUUCAGCAUGUCUCAGCCAAAGCUUUUCAGUGUGUUUGUGUUAAUCAGUAGCUGACAUCACACAUCAAUAUCGAACAUUUCACAUACGACUGUUUUACUCUGGGGGGGUUUUCAUCGAUUUGUUUUCAUUUUGUUCAACAAAUAGUUAAUUUCAAAUGUAUAUUAAAGCCUUUAUAAUGUCGACAAAUGUUCAUACGAUGAAGUGUCAUAUCCAAAUACUACUACGGUACAACUUCUCUGUUUCAGCGAAUCAUAUCAAACCCAGCAGGACUAUCAUGUUUUCUCACAUCAUUGUUUUUAAUUUCAUGUUUGUAUUUACAUUCUGAAAGUUAAGUUUGGAGUGUUUGUUUGCCAGGAGAGCUUUUUGGCGUCACAACAGUAAAUGUUCACUCAUCUGCAAUACGUGAUUCCAGGCUGAAAAAAAACCUACUCCUCCCUUGGUCUGCAUCUGGUCCCUAUUUCAUCUUCACGGAACCAUAUUGUUUGAAUCCAUAAUCAAGCUUUUAUGUGUGAUCGUUUGAAUCACUUUUGUUGAUCAUCUCAAGAGAACCACGCCCCCCAAGCUUUGCAGAUAUUUCACACACAUGAAAAACCAACCCACGGCCCAUUUCAAAUCCCUGUGACUCUCAGCACUGUACAUAGGCAUAUAUUUAUUUUUUGGGAAAAACAAAAAACAGACUGUGUACGAUUUAAGACGUGUUGAGAACCUUAGACUGAUCCUGCAUCGCUGAGGGGAGUUAAUGGUAUUUAUUCAGUUUAUUUUCCACACGCUGUGCACAUUAAUCCGCAAAGAUGCCAGAUACAGCUCACAUUAUGUUUCAUAGCUCACAUUAUGUUUCACUCUGCAUUGGUUUUCCAGGGAAAGGUAUAUCACGCUCUUACUCAUACAGAACUCCCCAAGAGAGAUAUAACAUUUUCAGUCGUAGUGUAGUGGUGGAGUUUUAACUCCCGAAAAAACUGCAUACACCAGUGAUCUAGAAUUGGAUUGGGCCACACCAUCUUGGCUCUCUGUGGGAGGCAAAUUGCAAAGUCCCAAUAAAGACUACGCCAACUGAAACAUGGAAAGUAAUAAGCAGCUGGGUCCCCUGUACCAGAUGGAAACAUUUUCAGAUUCUGCUGGUAAUACCCCCCCCCAUGCUUUAUAAUAAUGGGUCUGAGGCUGUGACAUAGUUGUUUAAAUUGCCUCUUUCAAAAGUUGGUUUCAGGUCAGAUAACUUGGCAGCAGAAACGCCACCAUCUUUCAGUUGGCGUGCCGCACAAUGCAUCAUCGAGUCCAGAGCUUUAGUCAGAGUGUGAUGGAUGUGAUUUAGGCCACCAGGAAAACCUCUGCAUGCGCUAAAACGCCUCUGUCAUUUGAUCAGAAGGGAAUAUUAUGCAAGUUAUCAUUGUGUGCUUCAAAAUAGAUGGAAAGAAGGUUUAUGAAAAAUGUGCCAGCCAGUUGGUGUUUAUAGUGGCGGCGUGUGCUGGAAACUGGUCUGUAAUUGAUUUGUGCCUUUUAUCAACGUGUGAGUUCUUGACAUGCCGAGCACUGUCUGUCCAAGGCUUGUUGUUUCCAGUAGACGGGCAGCAAUAGCACCAUACGCAGGGGCCCAAACAGCCCUGCCUUCAUACACUGGAUGAGUCACAGCUUCCAUUCUCUUUCUAUAAUGCCCUGUUUUCAUCUUUGUGUUUGGGACACUGUUGCUAAGGCGACAACGUAUGACCACUUCCUGUUUUGGGAUUAUUUAUCAGUGAUUGGCUGUAUCACAUUACCAAUCGGCAGUAAUAUCUGUUGAUCUGUAAGGACUCGGUCAAACCCAGCUGUCCUGAUGCCUUCUCCUCCCUCCUACCGUGUAAUUAACAGAAGACUUUUAUAGAGGUCACAAAUGAAAUAGAUAAAUGCCAAUUUUGUAAGAAUGAUUUAUAAAAAAAUAAACUCAUAUUUGAUGAUAA